AUGGGUUCUACAAAAAGAAAUCAGUCUGUUAUUCUUUACUUUGGUGAUCAAACCGAAAAGAACAUUCCGUUUGAGGAACUCUUCGCAUACUCCCAAGAAUCUGAUAGGACGAGGCAGUUUCUGCAGAAUGCUCUUCGUUCUAUUCAGCUCGUGACUGAGACUCUAAAUGAGCCGGAAAGGUCCAAAUACAAGUUUGACUCGUUCGAGGAGGUUUCCAAGCGGCUAGCAGCGGACUCUUCGCCAGAUGUAGUCUUACGGACUAUAGUCUUAUGUGCAGCUCAGCUAGGUUACUUGAUAGCUGUUUUAGAGAAAGAUGAAGUAUUACGUGACACAUGGGCUGAACAAAAGACCAUAAUCGUUGCCUCAUGCGCUGGUCAACUACCAGCUGCCAUAGCGGCCAGUUCCCACUCACUAGAUGAGCUUGUCGAUCUCGCCCCAGAGACUGUAGCAAUUGCGUUUAGAAUCGGCAUGGAUGUGGACCGACGAACGGCUUCACUUGGCGAUGACCGUAGCCAAAGCUGGGCUAAAGCUGUUUUCGGUGUUUCGGCACCCGAUGCACAGAGGGCAGUUGACAAGUUUCUCCUAAGUGAAGUAAGUCGAUUUACAACUUGCCGCGCUUCCCUGGCCGACCUGAAAUGGCUAAACUAA